AUGCGUGAAAUUAUUCACCUCCAAACCGGCCAAUGUGGCAACCAAGUCGGAACUGCUUUCUGGCAAACCAUUCACCCUGAGCAUGGCUUGGAUCAGGAUGGACAGUUCACUGGAACUGAUGAGCAACAAUCCGAGCGGUUGAACGUCUACUUCACCGAGGCCGGUAGACAAAAGUAUGUCCCCCGCGCGGUUCUGGUCGAUCUCGAGCCCGCCACGAUGGAGGCGAUCCGCUCCGGCCCGCUGGGCAACCUCUUUCGCCCAGACAACAUGGUCAACGGCCAAUCUGGCGCCGGUAAUAACUGGGCAAAGGGCCACUACACCGAGGGCGCCGAACUC